ACGCCGUGCCGGACACGCACGGUCUCGCGGCGCAGAGCUCGCGGAUCCGAUAACCGGAUGUGUAUCGUGAGAUCGCGGAUUUUCUCUCGGCGCACAUUUGCGACUUCGCUUUCGAAUUCUUCUCCAUUCGGUAGAAGAGAAGCGAUCGCGACGGUGAGAGAUGCCGGUGGCGAGUCGGAGAGCCGCAAACAUCGCCGGCGCCGUCGGCGGGCGCGACACGAGGGUGACGAGAUUUCAAGUUCGGCGUCGAGCUGUAUCGCCUCCACGUGCGAUCGACUUUAAAGUUUCACUUCAAGUGCGCAACAGUGCCGCUUUAAGCUCCCUGCGGUAGUGUGCUUUGAUUCCGUUCGUCGCACUGUUGGCUGGCCGAGUCGCCGAUGACGACCACGACGACGAAGACGACGACGACAGGCGACGUUAACGGCCGACGAUCGUUGAUCCUGUCACCGAGUCGAAUCACGUUCUUUGUAGGAAGAAUGCACAGGCCACCGUCGCGGCUCGCUUUUCUGUCGAAAUCGAUGGGACGCGGCGGUCGGCACGUCGCUCUGAACGCCGAUCAAAUAUUUAUCCGGCAAACGGCCAGCUUUUCCGAGUCGCCGAUUACGGAGAUAUCCGUUGCGCGAGCGUUGCCGAAAGAGGCGCUUAGAAGUACAGUUUACUUCGUGCCGAGGGAUUCGCGUACGGGCGUCUGCAUGAACGGACCAAAACCGCGGCGGACCUUUGACCAUUCGUGCACCUUCGGUUGGCGCCCCCACUCUUCGAGAGACGAGCAAGCAGUCAUCGACUGCCACGAAGUGGACCGGAAUGGCGAAAAGGGGUUGGAAAAGCCGGGGGUGGAGGGAUGGCUGAAUUGGACGAGGGUGGUUUUUCUGACGUCGACUCACCCUCGACUACAGAUCCACCUCCGCCUCAUCCCCGUCCCGGCUCUCGAGGGGAUGAAAGACGAAUAAAAUGGCCGAUGGCUCGCUUAAUACCUAAAAUAUACACGACAGAAAUUAAGCCGCGGCGAAACAGAAAUCGCGACGCUCCGUUCCUCGCCGCGGAGACCGAACAUUCGCACGCGUUCGCGAGUACAAUCCGCUCGCGAAUUUUGCGAGACGACGACACCUGAUAAAAAUACGACGCCCGGUCUUCCGGUCAGCAACAAACGCGACUCUUCAACAAGAGAGCGCGACGUUAUGCACUUUGCGCAGAACAUUGCCAAGUCCAUACCGAUAACGCGUCUCUGCGGUCUGGAAGACCGCACGGCGAGCACGGCGGAGAACGCAAACCAAAUUUAACAUCUUUUCCACGAGCUGACGAAGUUUGCAAUCCAGUUUCUACAUCGAGUUUCCGAUUAGAGGAAUCCUACCUCGAGGCCCCGCACCAUCGUUUGGUAUUAUUAUCGCUUGAUUCUUCGAUCGAAUCGCCGUCCGCGCAAAUUAAUAUUGCAAGUGUGCGUGUCGCGCACUCUUAAUUACUACGAGAGUGACGAGUAAAUAGUAACAGUAGCCGCAUAGAAAAUACUUUGGGAUCUAAUUGGGACUCAGCCCAAUUUUUCGUAAUAAUCAUGCGUUCCAGAUAGAAAAUUAAUGCAGGUUCUGGUUAGAAGCGUAAUAUUUUAAACAUGCGAAUCUAAGUGGGAAACCCAAACAAAUCCCAUUUAGUUUUCCACGUUUGCCCAAAGAUUUUUUUUGUUUACAUCUUAAACUAAAAUUGAGUAAAAUAUACCAAACAA